AUGGCAUCACACAUCGGGCCAGAUAAGAAUCCUUUAGAUUUGGGGGCCUUCAAACUUGACCCCGCACACAUCUUUGGGUCAAUCCCAUCACCGUGGGCUGUGAUGAAGAUCUCUGCACUCGCAACCUGUUCCUUGGCUGCAUCUUCCUUGGGGGCAGUCUCCAGUCCAUCAACGAGCAAGAUAGACGUCCAUGCUCAUUUCAUUCCCGACUUCUACGCCCAGGCGCUUCGAGAUGCCGGGCACAUACCCGGUCCCGAUGGCAUGCCAGCCAUACCGGCCUGGGAUCCCGAUACACACUUGAACUUUAUGCAGGAGCAAAACAUCACCAAGGCCUACUUGUCAAUUUCGAGUCCCGGAGUCUAUCUAACCGUGCCCUCGAAAAUCGCAACCCACAAUGCUACGAGGCUAGCCCGCCGAGUCAAUGAAUACGCAUCGCGCCUCAAGGCUCAACACCCCAAUAGAUUCGGCUUCUUCGCAUCGCUUCCGCUUCCGGAUAUCCCGGCCGCCCUGGACGAAAUCCAGCACUGCUUCCACAAGCUCGACCCAAAACCGGACGGCGUCGUCCUCUUGUCCAACUACUACGGCAUGUAUCUCGGUGACCCGGGGCUUAGUCCCGUCUACAAGGCGCUGGAUGAGCUGAAUGUGACAGUCUUUGAGCACCCUACGACGCCGUGCACCGAGCAUAAUCAUGUACAAUUUAAUACGAAUGGCGAAGCUCCGCUCGUCACUCAAAAGGAAUGGCAGGCGCUGAAUAGGCCUGUGCCAAAUAGGAUUCUUCCCGCGCCUACGCUAGACUUUCCGUUCGACUCGGCUCGCACAUUUGCCGACCUAUUCUACUCAAAGGUGCCAGGGCGAUUCCCACGCAUCAAAUGGAUCAUCCCACACGCUGGGGGCGGUCUGAUUCCUACCCUUGACCGCAUAGUUGCCUUCACCACGUUGUACCCUGGCGUUAACCUGACGCAAUCGUUGAUGAAGGAAACGCUCGCGAGGAGCUUCUAUUUCGACUUGGCAGGGCCGUGGCCCGUCAACUUUGCAAUUCCUUCUCUAUUGCGAUGGGUCAAUCACACGAAUAUCAUGUGGGGAUCUGAUACUCCCUUUACACCUUGGGCCGUCGCGGCCGCGGGAUCAUCUGCCUUGGACGCAGGCGUGGAGGAAGUUUUUGGCGAUACAGAAAAGUCCCAGGCCGUUAGAUUUGGCAACGCACAUGAACUACUCGGCAGUCUAGUUCGACGGUAG